GACAUUCUGGUGACUCGUCAGGACAUUCUGGUGACUCGUCAGGACAUUCUGGUGACUCGCCAGGACAUUCUGGUGACUCACCAGGACAUUCUGGUGACUUGUCAGGACAUUCUGGUGACUCGUCAGGACAUUCUGGUGACUCGUCAGGACAUUCUGUGUGUGUGUGUGUGUGUGUGUGUGUGUGUGUGUGUGUGUGUGUGUGUGUGUGUGUGUGUGUGUGUGUGUGUGUGUGUGUGUGUGUGUCCCUCAGGUGCGGUGCGAGCCUCCAGUAUCUUCCCCAUCAUGAGUGUGAUCCUGCUCUUCAUGGGAGGGCUGUGUAUAGCUGCCAGCGAGUUCUACAAGUCACGCCACAACAUCAUCCUCAGCGCAGGCAUCCUCUUCGUCUCCGCAGGACUGAGUAACAUCAUCGGCAUCAUCGUCUACAUAUCAGCCAACGCGGGCGACCCGUCCAAGUCGGACUCGAAGAAGAACAGUUAUUCUUAUGGCUGGUCCUUCUACUUCGGCGCCCUCUCCUUCAUCAUGGCCGAGAUGGUGGGCGUGCUCGCAGUGCACAUGUUCAUCGACCGCCACCGGCAGCUCCGCGUGGGGGCCGCCAUCAGCGCCGCCGACUACCUCCAAGGCGCCGCCAUCACGCGCAUCCCCUCCUACCGCUACCGUUACCGGGGACGCUCGCGCUCCAGCUCCCGUUCCACCGGGGACGCAUCCCGGGACACGUCCCCGGUGGGGCUGAAGGCAUUCGGGGCGCUACCGUCGACGGAGCUGUCCAUGUACACGUUGCCGCGGGAUACGCUGAAGAACCAGACAGGCACGCCGACAGCCGCCUAUAACUCAACCACGUUGGAACGGGACCACAGCUUCCUCCAGGUCCACAACAGUAUUCAGAAAGACCUGACGGACACGGGCAGCGCAGCUAACCGCCGCACCACACCUGUAUGAGAGGGAGGGAGAGGGAGGGAGAGGGGGGCGG